AUGUUCGCCGCACGCCGCACCGCCAGUCUCUUCCAGAGACGAGCCUUCUCUGCCACUGCUUCCCAGGCUUCCAAGGUCUCUGUUCUCGGUGCUGCCGGUGGAAUUGGUCAACCUCUGUCUCUUCUGAUGAAGUUGAACCCUCGUGUCUCUCACCUCGCUCUCUACGACAUCCGCGGUGGACCUGGUGUCGCCGCUGAUCUGAGCCACAUCAACACCAACAGUGUUGUCACUGGCCACGAGCCCACCCCAUCCGGCCUCCACGAGGCUCUCCAGGGAUCUGACAUUGUUCUCAUCCCCGCUGGUGUUCCCCGCAAGCCUGGAAUGACCCGUGACGACCUCUUCUCCACCAACGCAUCCAUUGUCCGUGACUUGGCCAAGGCUGCCGCUGAUUCUUGCCCCAACGCCAACAUCCUUGUCAUCUCUAACCCCGUCAACUCUACUGUCCCAAUUGUUGCCGAGGUGUUCAAGAGCAAGAACGUCUACAACCCCAAGCGUAUCUUCGGUGUCACCACCCUUGAUGUCCUCCGUGCCUCCCGCUUCGUCUCUGAGAUCAAGAAGACCGACCCAGCUGACGAGAAGGUCCCUGUCGUCGGUGGUCACUCCGGUGUCACCAUCAUCCCACUGAUCUCCCAGUCCAACCACCCAGACAUUGCAGGCGAGACCCUCGACAACCUCACCAACCGCAUCCAGUUCGGUGGUGACGAGGUUGUCAAGGCCAAGGCUGGUGCUGGAUCUGCCACCCUCUCCAUGGCCCAGGCCGGUGCCCGUUUCGCCGACAGCCUUCUCAAGGCCACCCAGGGCGUCAAGGAUGUCAUCGAGCCCACUUUCGUCGACAGCCCCAUCUACAAGGACCAGGGUAUUGAGUUCGUUGCCUCCAACGUCCGCCUCGGCCCCAACGGCGUCGAGGAGAUCUUCCCCAUCGGCAAGAUCUCCGAGUACGAGCAGAAGCUCCUCGAUAACUGCCUUGUCGAAUUGAAGAAGAACAUCCAGAAGGGUGUCGACUUCGUCAAGGCCAACCCUUAG